AAAGGAGUAGCAACAGCUCGGCAACAUCUGGCUGCUGCCGCUGCUGCGGCUCUUGCCGUCUGUGUGUCUGUCUUUUGGUUGUUAUGGAACACCGCUGAAAGUCACUCACUUUCCUCCUUAGAGGUGGCACAUUUUUUUUCUAUCCGGCUCAGCGGUGAACACAGUUAUGAAGACAGUAUGGAGUUUCCAGACCACAGCAGAAAUUUGCUCCAGUGUCUGAGUGAACAGAGGCAUCAGGGGUUUCUUUGUGACUGCACUGUUUUAGUGGGAGAUGCCCAAUUCCGUGCGCACCGAGCUGUACUGGCUUCAUGCAGUAUGUACUUCCACCUUUUUUACAAGGACCAGCUGGACAAAAGAGACAUUGUUCAUCUGAACAGCGACAUUGUUACAGCCCCAGCUUUCUCUCUGCUGCUUGAAUUCAUGUAUGAAGGGAAACUCCAGUUCAAAGACCUGCCCAUUGAAGACGUGCUAGCAGCUGCCAGUUACCUUCAUAUGUACGACAUAGUCAAAGUCUGUAAAAAGAAGCUAAAAGAGAAAGCCACUGGGGAGGCAGACAGCACAAAAAGAGAAGAAGAUGUUUCAAGUAUUUCAGACAAAGUAGAGAGCUUUUCAGAUGGCAGCAGCCAUGUGGCUGGGGAACUUCCCAGUGAUGAGGAUGAAGCGGAGGAUGAUAAACUAAAUCUAGUGACUAGCAAAAGUGACUUCCCUGUUGAGACUGGGAAAAUGUGGAUAAGAUUGCCCUUAGACUCAACAGGCAUUCCUCAGUCAGGCGGAGAGGCUGAGGCACAUGUAGUAGCAGCUGGAAAAACAGUGGCCAGUCCCUGCAGCUCAACAGGGUCUUUGUCCCAGAUGUCUGCCUCUUCUGAGAGACAUUCAGCAGAUGUCGACUGUGCACUAGACCUGUCUGUCAAGUCCGCCAUUUCAGGGGGUGAAACUCUGAGCAGCUCCCUGUUUUGCAGACCACAAGAUGGGGUGAGAAGUAACCCAAUACAGGUGAAACUGGAAAAGGACAUGAUUCUGGAGGAAACUGAAACUAGCAGCAAUGAUUAUGAUGUAGAACACAGCACUGUGAAGGAAAGUUUAAGCACUAAUGGCAACAGGGUACAGUACGCCACUUCCCAUCUCCUUCCUGUAAGAGAGGACUCUGUUUUGAGGGAGCUGGAUCAAGAUGACAAGAUGAGUGAUGACGAGCUGCUCAGCCCAGAGAAUGAGAGAAUGCAGGCAGAAGGGGGAAUGGACAGCACUUUGCUUCCUUAUGUCUCAAACAUUCUUAAUCCUGCGGGCCAAAUAUUCAUGUGCCCUUUGUGUAACAAAGUUUUUCCCACUCCUCAUAUUUUACAAAUUCACUUGAGUACACAUUUUCGGGAACAAGAUGGAAUCCGCAGCAAACCUACCACUGAUGUCAAUGUUCCAACAUGCUCCCUAUGUGGUAAGACUUUCUCUUGCAUGUAUACACUAAAACGCCAUGAAAGGACUCACUCAGGUGAGAAGCCUUUCACUUGCACCCAGUGUGGAAAGAGCUUCCAGUAUUCCCACAACCUGAGUCGUCAUGCAGUAGUUCAUACACGAGAGAAGCCACAUGCCUGCAAGUGGUGUGAGCGCAGGUUCACACAGUCCGGAGAUCUGUACAGACAUAUUCGGAAGUUUCACUGUGAGUUAGUAAACUCACUGUCUCUCAAAAAUGAAGCACUGAACUUGCCUACUGUUAGAGACUGGACCUUAGAGGAUAGCUCUCAAGAACUUUGGAAAUGAAAAUAUACACGUGUGUUAUAUGUGCCCACAGGCAAACACAUAUAGAUAGAUAUAUCUAGCUACACAGACAUAAUGGUGAUUAAGGUCUGAAAGCAGCCAUGCAUCCUGACCAACAUUUAUUAUUAUCAUUAUUAUUGUUUGCACUUUACAUCAACUUGACAAUUUCAUGCAUGUUACACUGAAGAGAACCAAGUCUUUGACCUGUGAGGGUAGUAGGUAAAACAAAACAGAAUUAAAAGAUUUUUUUUUUUGUGUGGGGAAUAAUUGAUGUUUCACGACUUGGCAAAAUGUGAUAAGACUGUAACUCAUGUUCUAGUGUCUUUUGUUUUAUAAUAUGAGGUACUGUAGUGCCACAAACCUUAAAGAUGACACAUGAAAAUGGUGGAAGCGAUUACAGCAGGUUAUUCUUUAUGAAUGCACUCCUUUUACGUGGCGGUAUGUGUAAUGCAAAAAAAAGGUUUACUACUGGUUAUUCUUCAUUGUGAAGCAUUUUAUUUAUUUUUUAACACUGAAUGGUGUUAAGGUUCGAUCAUAGUUUGUUUUUCUUUGUCUGAAUGAGACAAAGUACUUUUACCUUCAUCCCAUUUAUUACACCUUGCAUUUAGAAUUUGCAUAUUUGACUUUCUGUGGCAUCCAGAGACUUGACUGCUUUUAGACUGUGAAAGAGUUGGUUCUUUUGAAAUUUACUUUGUCAGAGCAGCUGUCUCUGUUGAUGUAGUCGGUGCAGUCAGUGCAUGUUGCAAUAAGGUGUUUUAUGCGGUAGACCCAUGUACUUUUUUUUUUUUUUUUUUUUUUACGGAGUGCUGUGGGAAGCCAUGCACUUUGUAUAAGGGCCAGGUCAUUAAAAAGUGACUACUGCAGCUUAUAGAGUUUUAAAAUGUGAACUACUGUUACCUUUUACUGUAAGUGCAUCAGGUCUGAGGGUGGGACAGGCUUAAUAAACCUGACAUAUUUUGCUAAUGCUCUUAGUAGAAAUUUUUAAGAAGUCACUCUUUAACUACAGAAAUGCAUGAAUUUAUUUUUCAUCGUCUUUUUUUUUUUUUUGAUUGCAUUGUGUAACAAUAGCUAGUGUGCUAAUUUAACUAUUUUAUUUAAUUUUUUAAAAAAAUGUAGUAGAAAGUAACACCAAUGCUGCUAUUGCUGGUGUUGUGAAGUAAAUCUACAAGAAAUGCACUGUUUCCUUUUUUUGUGUUUUUGUUUUCUAAUUUGUAUUAAUUGAACAAUGCUUUUCUUUAAUUUUUUAUUCAAGUUAAAUUCAAAAGAGAAUUCAGGCAAAACAAUACUUAAAAACAGCAAAAAUGUUUACAGAUUCAUAAAGUUGGCAUGCAGUGUUUGCUUCAUGUGAUCACCACUCAGACUUAAGUUGCAUUAAAUCUUGUACCAGAUUAAAUGGUAAAUGGUUAGGUAUCGUUAGUUUAUAAUAUUUAUUAAAAAUGCUUCAUGGAUUCACAAUAGGCACUCUUUCCCCUUUCCCUUUUUGAAUGAAUAUUGAGGAGUGAAGACAAAAAGCACCCCUGACUGAAAAGCUUUUUGAACUUUGAGCUACAGCAGGGAUUGGGUUUGGGGGUGUGGUAGUAAACUGUGUAUCCAGGCAGCAGAGGCUGAUGCCUUAUGUGUUCUUUUAAUGAACAAAACACACAAGGCAAAUCAUUUUGCACAGUGUUUUUCUGUCUUGCACUCAAAUGUCUAUGUGAAUAAAAGGGGGAUGUUAUGUGUUUUUCCUUUUUGUUGUAACUGUUGUACUUGAUUGCCUUAACUACUGUAUACAUAGCUUAUUUUGUGCUUAAAACAUCUAGAUAUAAACAUACACUUUGUUUUGCUGGACUGUUUAAAAUACUGGGUCAAAUAUAUGGGCUGCACUGGCAUUGAUUAAAGGAAAAAAAGCUGUGAAAAUGCCCUCUGAGCAUUGUUUAGUUACUUGAAGACUUUAUAGGUCCUUCAUUGAGAUUUACACUGAAGUUUUCAUUAUUUUAAAACCUAGAAAGGACAAUCAAUGUAGAAAGCAGAUUUGUUCAAUUUUGUGACUGUGAGUGAAGUCCCUUACCCCUUCCCGUGUCUUUUGUUAGAGAUCCAUUUUUGGUUCUGGAGUUAGACUGACAUUUAGCUUUGACAAUCAUAGUAAGUUUUAUUUUCCCAGAGGGGAAUAAAUUAUAAUGCUGUUUAGUUUUGUACUUUGGUGUGCUGUUGGUGAAUUUUUAAAACUGUGUGUUUAACUGAAAUAAAUUAUAUGAACCUGAAA